AUGGAAAGGGAGAGCCCUGCUACCCGCGAUCGAGAACGGGAUCAUAGCAACGGCGAUUAUUUUUACACCCGCCAUCAUCCUGUUGGAUACUCGCUUGCCACUGCUUCUCACACCGGCGACAACGAGCACGAGGAAGCCAUUCCCGGCCUAGGCCAGAAAGGUAAGAUUGCAGUCCAGCUUCUAGCUCCUCUUUGUUCCUUCGUUUCUCGUUUCUUCCCCCCGGUUGUAAAGAGCAGAAAGGGGGAAAAAGUCACAAACUCAAUCUCAGCGUCUUCCCAAGUAGGUCCCGGUACACCCAGCGUCGGAUCCAAUAUCAAUAUCAUCAGACCAUCACCGUCGCCGCACCUGACUCUUACGCCGGCAGUAUCUCCAUCCUCGUAUCCCUCAUGGCCCGGCAGCGCCGCUGCCAGCAAUUCUAUCGGAGGUAGCAGCAGCAACGGUAAUGGUGGUACGGAAGCAGCCACAGCAUCUACCAUAGGAAGUACAAGCACAAUGGGUGAGAGGGAAACCAACAGCAAUCUUAUACGCCCACAACGGCCUUUGGGGCCAGCCAGAACACCGUCAAACACCUAUGCUCCUCCACGACGGCCCAACCAGUUCAUUACCGCACACUCAACCAGCCAGUUGCCGCUUUCUUCCAAGAGAACACCCCGCAGAGAACGUGACCGCGAUCCCAACGCGCAGUACCAGGCCCAGGAGAAAGCGUAUGUACAGAGGGUACGGCAAGGACCACCGAGCGAGUGGUUUGGCACCGAUAACCAGAUGUCGUCUUCGACUGCCUCGGCAGCCCUAGAUCUAGAGUCCGAUGUUGGCGAAGAGUCACCCUCCUCCGAGGCUCAGUUUGACCCAGAUACCUUUGACCCGGAUCUACGCCUCGGACUCGAAGAAGAUGAUCUCCAGCCCACGCUCGAGGAAUUGCGGGAUCCCAGAGCACGGGAGAGACUGGAGUGGCAUUCUAUGCUGGCCUCCGUACUCAAAGGAGAUGUCGUAAGGCAGGAAAAACAACGUCUUAUUGGUACAAUGGAGCAGAAGAGCAAGGAAGUACUAGGUGGUGAGAUAUGGCUGGGCGUCAAAGCUCGUACUCUUGCGCGGCCUAUCGCAACUCAGGCUAGAAUCAUUGAGGAGGAAAGGAAGAAUAUUGGCCCAAUGCUAGAAGAGAUUAUCAACUUCAAAAUCAAAGGUCAGGCGGAGAUCGGGAAACCUCCGCAGCAACAGGUUGAAGAUAUUGUCGAAAAGAUUGAAAACGUGGAAAGUCUGUAUGCCUCCCGCAGACAGCUCGAGCUUGCAAACCCCCGUGCUGCUUCCGAGGAGUACUACGAGUCUUAUAAUGCCAUUCUCUCAUGGCACAAUACCACCAAGCUUAUCAACACGCAACUUUCAAUCCUACAGAAAUGGGUAGGCAAUGAUGAACUUGACUUUACAAAACCAUUGGUCAAGACUUCUUACGCAUCAGAACUCUCCGAUGAGGGAUCGUUCCUCGACCGAGUCAUGAAAGAAGAUGGUCUCAAGACCCUACAAGGCGGUGAUCAGAUGCUUGAUGGUGUCGGUAAAGUCAUCAAAAAGGCGAAAAAUACAAUGAUUGAAAACUCCGACGCGUUCUUGCAACGCCAUUUACCUCCUUACAUCGAAGAAUUGCUCACCCUAAUCAACUUUCCUUCACGUCUUAUUCAAGAAGUCACCCGCGUCCGCCUCUCAUACGCCAAAAAGAUGAAAGAUCCUGGCCAACAGUCCCCCAUUCUCCUUGAUCAGAUGAUCGUCCAAUUUCAGAUAUUGAUGAAAGUCGCUACUGAAAUCAAAUAUCGUUACAUGGUCAUCUCACGCCCAGAGCCAGGUUGGGAUCUUCCGCCUUGCGUUGACGAAAACUUCGAUAUGGUCGUCCUAGACGCGUUAAAAUACUACUUCAAACUGCUGAACUGGAAAUUGAGUGCAAACAAGAAUACCUUCAAGGAAGCAGAAAUUCUGGAGCAGGAGUGGGAUUUUUCAAAUCAGAUUGGACGACAGCUUGAUGGCGGUGAUAUCGAGGUUGCCGAACAGUUUAGCACUCUAACCGCCAAAGCCUUGCAGCGGUUGAUGCUACAUUUUGAGCGUGAACUCCUAUCUAAACCACAAGAAGAAGCCUCUGACAAUGAGAAACGAUACAAGACCAUCCUUGAUUCCGUUCGGGUACGACAGCGAAAACUCUUCAGGUUCUCACGUUUCCUUCGCCAGCGUUUCGAGAAUGCCACCGAGUUCAAUCUUCGUAACGACCACGUCGAGACUUUUACUCAAGCACUUUUGGCAUCUGGUCAUUUCCUCGUUGUUUCUACCAACACUGUUGGCCAAAAAGGUGUAUGUCUGAUUGCAUCACCUUCCCUAUACGACCGUAAAAAGGACAUUCAAGCCAUCCUCGGCACUUCAUUCCGCGGUGAUGAUGUCACUGACAAUCUCUCUUACCCUUAUAUCCUUGUCAUCCGGCCAGACAAACCUUUCCAAUGGUCUGGAAAACGGUUCGAGGUUGACUUCCUUGAACAUCCUACUGAUGUCCGGAUGGGAAAACUCCGUCUAGUUGCCGAUGGAUCUCAGGAACGACUUCAAAAUGCCCGUCUGGCACUGUCUAGGCUAACAGGCUUGGAAUUCGACGUGACUAUCGAACAACGUGCGAACCUAGGACGUGUUAAUGUAGAGCUGAACAAGAUAAAGAAAACGGCGUUUAAAUUGUCCAAUACUAUCAUUGAUAGUGUGGAGAUUAUCAGAAGCCAAAGCACGGACAGACAAAAUCUUGAACUUAUCCAGUCAUGCUUUGCCUUUGCUACCGAAUUCGGCAAGAGAUCACUGAUGUACAUGGACCCCAACCGCAGGUCUAUGAACCAAGGAAAACUAGUCAAACUGGGCCUGGACUGGAUAUCUUUCAUAUGCGAUGAUUGCGAUGCUGCGGAUCGCAAGACAUUCAAAUGGGCUGUGUCCGCCCUCGAGUUUGCUAUGAUAAUCACCCAUGGCCAUGCUAUCAUUUCUUUGAACGACCAAGAGUACGAUCUACUUCGCGUUAAAGUUGCUGGCUGCAUGGCGUUAUUAAUUUCCCAUUUCGAUAUCAUGGGCGCCAGAUCAACAUUGGCUGCCAAGGCAGAAAAGCAACACUCGGAUGCUGCUGGGAACUACCGGAAUUUAGAUUGCAGUGACAUUACUAGUGAUGAGGUGGCGUUGGCACAGGUACAAGCACAAAGGUUACUGCACUUAUCAGACAUUGAGGCCUUCCGGGCUGAAGAAGAUGCCAAACGACAGCCGCUAGGAAAGGUGCUGGAAGGCGUCAAUGAGGCCGACCGUUCGCUUAGGGUACUUUCUUCAUCGGCUACAAACAUCAACUUACGCUGGCAGCAAGGUCAGUUCAUUGGUGGCGGAACUUCAGGAUCCGUCUAUGCCGCGAUCGACCUAGAUACAAGUUACCUGAUGGCUGUCAAGGAGAUCCGCCUCCAAGAGCCAUCUGUCAUUCCAGGUGCAGCUCAACAAAUUAGAGAUGAGAUGGGUGUCCUUGAAGUCCUAGACCACCCCAACAUUGUCUCUUAUCACGGUAUUGAAGUCCAUCGUGACAAAGUAUAUAUAUUCAUGGAAUACUGCUCUGGCGGCUCUCUUGCUACCUUACUUGAGCACGGCCGUAUCGAGGAUGAGAUGGUCAUCAUGGUCUACGCCCUUCAGAUGCUCGAGGGUCUAGCCUACCUUCAUCAGGCUGGCAUCGUCCACCGCGAUAUCAAACCCGCUAAUAUCCUGCUUGACCACAAUGGAGUCAUUAAAUACGUCGAUUUUGGUGCAGCAAUGGUCAUCGCUAGACAAGGUAAAACCCUCGCAGCAAUGGACCACUACAAGGAUCCCGCAGCUGCAAACAAAGAUCAGCGCAAAAAUCAAAAGUCUGUCAUCGGUACCCCCAUGUACAUGUCGCCCGAACUUGUUCGAGGAGAAUCAAGUAACCGCUCCUCCCGCCAUGGAUCAAUGGAUAUCUGGUCCCUCGGAUGUGUCAUUCUUGAAAUGGCCACCGGCAUGCGCCCAUGGGCUGGCAUUGACAACGAAUGGGCGAUAAUGUACAAGAUCGCCCAGGGAAAUCAGCCCCAUCUCCCUAGUAAAGGCGAACUGUCCGAACUAGGCAUUGACUUCAUUAAACAAUGCUUUGAACCAGACCCGGCCAAGCGGCCUAGUGCUGCAGAGCUGUUGCAGCAUGAAUGGAUCGUUUGUAUCAGGAGGCAGGUUGUUGCAGAGCCGCAAACCCCUAGCAGCGACGGAAGCGCCUUUACACCCAAUCCUGGCAACACACGGCAAAACUCAAGUCAAUUUUGA